UUUUUUUACAUUCCCAAACAGAAAUAUUUUGUGUGAGAAAUAUUCGAAGGUUACGAUCCAAAACAGAGGAGUGAAAUGUCGUAUUCCAAGAAGAAAGUAUUCCUUUAACCUUCUCUUUAUAUUUCAGCUUACCAUUCACCAUUCUUUUCUCUCUCUGUCUCUUCACCUGUAACGCAAUAAAUAUUUAGUAUAUUUUUUAAUCGGGAAUUCUUAUUAAAUCAGGUUAAAAUUAAGCUGGUUUUAGAACUAACAUAUUAUUUACAAACCUUAACAAUUAUUUCCUCCGAAGCCCGGAGGCUCUCUCAUCUGUCCUCAGCUCUCAACCUCAGAGUUUAGUACAGCCAAGACCAUAGAUGGUUCAGGGGGAAAAUGCCGUAAAGUUUUUCCCAAAGGGGAUUUUAUCUCCAAGUAUGGCGGUUUCUUGUCUAAUUCUGGUUUCUAUAUCAUCCCUUGUAUCUGGAUCAAGGCUAAAUGAUAUAUACCGUGAGCUGCAGGAGGAAUCAGGUUUAAACGUUGAUUAUCCGAGUUAUCAGUUCCCCUUCCAGAACUACCAGGAACAACCUCGUCAAUAUCAGCCCAGGAGGAAUCCUAGUGGACCAAGACAAACUAAACAUUCCUUCGUUCGACCCAAUGUAUUUAGCCAGGACGAGGAUCUAGAUGAUAUGGUUCUGGGUCUAACCGAACCUCAGCUCGGAGUUCAAGAUUUUCCAGCUCCGGAGCCGGUUCAAGCUGUACGCUCAGGAAAGUUUCCCAAACUUAGUUUCAAGAUGAAACAGUUUGGUGUGCACCCAGAGACGGAAGAGUACUACGCUAAGGACCCAGAUUUUCUCGGGUUUCGGCUCCAAGAGAGAGAAGCAACCCAAUCUCUAGUUGAACACGUCGAUCAUUCUGUGUUCGAAGGAGUUCCUGAGAUAGAAAUUGAUACAGAGGAUCCACAGAGUGAAGAGAAGAGAGCAAGGAUGGGUGUUGCGUCCCGACUCCGAUGGGAUGGAUACACUGAGGAGACAAAGGAUGACGACUUUUUCUACACAGUAUUUGUCGCCAGUUCAACUGCAUUCGUUGUUCUUGGAGUAGCUGGAGCUGGAUACUGCUACCAGAGGACAAUGAAACGAAGGAAGGAUAGUGAGGAGCUAGAAUAUCCUUCCUAUGGUAUCACUGGUCCAGCUAAGGAUGCAUCUCCGGGUGGGGAUAGGAAACUGGCACAGUCUGCACAGAUGUAUCAUUAUCAGCACCAGAAGAGUCAGAUGAUCGGAGCCGGAGAGAAGUGUGUCGGAGGAGGUGUCGGAGGAGAGCAUAGUGAGGUGGAGGAGUCAGACGGAGAGGAGGGGGAGGGGGACUAUACUGUUUAUGAAUGCCCAGGACUUGCUUCGACUGAUGAGAUGGAAGUGAAGAACCCACUAUUUGACUACGAUCCAACCCCCAAACCUUGAAAACAUAUCAGAAUAUAAAAUUACAAGUUUUACAUAAUUUUCUCAUCGGCCAUCUUCUUACUAUGUUCUUAAUUCAAGAUGUUUAAACAAUACUUUGUUAGAUCAUUUAAAAUAUGUUUUAAUUAUUACUCAAACUUUUGUUAGAAUAUAUACAAAUAAUAUAAAAAUAUAUU